AUGAGAAACACAAUGGUAUUAUUUCUUUUUUCUAUCAUUAUUACCCAAACAAUAUCACAAGAUAUACGUUCAUUAUUAUUAACUAAAUUGAACAAUAUUCAAUAUCAAUGUACUGAUCCUAGUUGUUCAUCUUCUACUACCAAUUUUGCAUUGAACUUGAGAGCCUGUGAAAUUGCGUGUUUAGUUAAUAUCAAUUGUCGUACGCUUACGUAUGAUCAAUCCAAUAAUCAAUGUGAACUCUUUGUUGAUAUUCCAAGUCAAUAUGGUAGUCUGGUUACACAAGCAAAUAUUAUUACUAUGAUUGCUGUUGAUAAUAGACAAUUAUCAGCUCCAAUGACUACUAGUACAACAACAUCCGCCACAACAACAACUGCAUCAACAGCAACAUCAUCAACAACUUCAUCAUCAUCAACAUCAUCAACAACAUCAUCAACAACCUCAUCAUCAUCGUCAACAUCAUCAUCAACAACUUCAUCAUCAACAACAACAUCAUCAACAACUUCAUCGACAACAUCAUCAACAACCUCAUCAUCAUCGUCAACAUCAUCAUCAUCAACAACAUCAUCAACAACUUCAUCAUCAACAUCAUCGACAACAACAUCAACAACAGCAACGAUACGGGUAUGGUCUGCCACAGGUGCAAUGAGUACUACAAGAAACUAUCACACCGCAUCUGUAUUAACAAGUGGAAUAGUACUAGUUACUGGUGGAGUUAAUAGUGCUGUUUUAAAUAGUGCUGAAUUAUAUAAUCCAGCAACAGGUAUCUGGGCGGCUACUAACGCGAUGAGUACAUUACGAAAACUUCACACAGCAACGGUAUUAACAAAUGGAAAUGUAUUAAUUAGCGCUGGAAAUAAUGGUGCUAACUUUUUAACUACUGCUGAAUUAUAUAAUUCAUCAUCGGGUACUUGGACAACUACAGGAUCUAUGAGUAGUUUACGAGGUGCUCACAUAGCAGUCAUGUUAACUAAUGGAAAAGUAUUGGUUAGCGGUGGUGAUAGUGGUAGUGGAUUUGUAAGCAGCGCUGCAUUGUAUGAUCCAUCACCAGGCACUUGGACAACUGUUAGUUCGAUGAAUUAUUUACGUUGUUCUCACGU